CCUCAUCCUUGGAGGGAAACCCCUCUCUCUCUCUCUCUCUCUCUCUCUCUCUCUCUCUGUGUCUGUUGUGUUCGUAGACAAAACGUUGUUGUACGUUGUGGUUAGUUUAAAGGCGAUAUUGAUGUCCGCCUCGUAAACAUCGAACCCUCCCUACCACCCCUCGCACUCUCCCAGCUUCGAAGUCCCACUAUUUUCAUUUCUUUUGAUCCGUCAGAUUUCUCAGAUUGUCUGUUUCUUCGAUCUCAUCGCCAACUUUCCUUUUUUUAUUUUUUUUAACCGAAUCCGUCACCUCUGUUCCAUUUUCACUGCUUCCCCCCACCCAUUUUUAAGGAAACUGAGAGAGUGCAGAAGACACCAUUAAACAAAACCACAGACCACCAAUUCUCUUGUUUCCUAAACUCUGUUUCCAGAAAUGGCGUCCUUUUCGGUGCCGUGCCCCAAGACCCACUCGCUCCCCCACCUCCGAUCCGGAGUGAAAGAUCCUAAUACGCACCAACACACGAUGCUCUCACUUCAUCGCGGUUCCAGUCCCAGACCGUCUGCCUUACACGGAUCUUUCCUCGGUGACCCUAGCCAUAACUUGAAGCAAUCCAGGGACUGGAAGAUGUGUGCAAAGCUGAAUGAGGUUACGGCCAAAAAAUCUUCAAAUUCUGCACCUGCACUUUCCACAAAGUAUGGAGCCCCAUCAUCAGAAGGGACAGUUGACUCGUCACAUCCUGUUCGAGACACUGUUCCUAAUGAAUCAUCAAUCUCAGCAUUCAUGGCUCAAGUAUCAGAUCUUAUCAAACUUGUUGAUUCGAGAGAUAUUGCGGAGUUGCAACUGAAGCAAUUGGGCUGUGAGAUCUUAAUCAGAAGAAAGGAAGCUCUACAGCAGGCAGCUCCUGUUGUUAGUAUGCCACCACCCCUUACCCAUGUGACGCUUCCAUCUCCUCCACCACCAGCCACAGCAGCUGCUCCUGCUUCUGCAAACCCUCCUUCAGCAUUGGCACCUGCCUUACCCGCCACUGCAAAGGCAAACACUUCGUCACAUCCACCACUGAAAUGCCCCAUGGCUGGAACCUUCUAUCGCUGUCCUGCACCUGGUGAACCACCAUUUGUCAAGGUAGGAGAUAAAGUCCAGAAAGGUCAGAUUGUCUGCAUCAUCGAGGCAAUGAAACUAAUGAAUGAAAUUGAGGCUGAUCAGUCUGGAACAAUAACAGAGAUUCUUGUAGAGGAAACAAAGCCAGUUAGUGUAGAUACGCCUCUUUUUGUCAUUGUACCGUGAGUCACUAGGAGAGGGCCUCCUUCAAACUUCACGGUGGUAGUCUCUCUUGAAUUUAGUUUUCAUUGAAUUUUCACAUUAUAUUAAAGUUUCUUUUAAUCUGUAAUUUUAGCUUAAUAAUGGUUGACUAAGGAUGUUCGCUUUUGGCAUUAUAGUUUGCUACUUGCCAUUUACGAAAAAGACAAAGCUGUAGAAUGUAAGAGCUUUGCGAAGUGUGUUAUAAAGCUUGUGAUUGUUUCUUGCA